UUCAUCCCGGAAGUGUCGGGGCAGGGCCGGGAGCGGCGGCCGCGGCGGCGGGGAGGGAGCGGGGCCCAGCGGGGCCGGGGCUGGGCCCGAGACCGGGGAGAUGCCGAGCAAGAAGAAGAAAUACAACGCGCGAUUCCCUCCGGCUCGGAUCAAGAAGAUCAUGCAGACGGACGAGGAGAUCGGGAAGGUGGCGGCCGCCGUCCCCGUCAUUAUCUCGCGGGCUCUGGAGCUCUUCUUGGAGUCGCUGCUCCGCAAAGCCUGUCACGUCACCCAGUCCCGCAACGCCAAGACCAUGACCACCUCCCACCUGAAACAGUGCAUUGAGCUGGAACAGCAGUUUGACUUCCUCAAGGACCUGGUGGCGACCGUGCCGGACAUGCAGGGCGACGGCGAUGAACCCCACGGCGAGGGCGAAAGGGGACCCCGAAGGGGGCGCCGUCCGGGCACAGGGAGGAAAAAUGGGGGACCCGGAGCUAAAGGCAAAGACCCCAAACAGUCGGGAACGGACUCGGAACAAGAGGAGGACUCUGAGGACAGUGACAGCGAUGGCGAAGAGGAGGGGGUGCAGCCGCCCCCCCCCCGCGGCCCCCCCUCAACUUCACCAGCCCCGGGGUCCCCUUUACGCCGUUGCCGCCCCCCCCCCUCAAUAUCGGGGGGUCUCCCCCCCGCCCCGUGCCCCCCCCGCGAAGACGACGACGAAGAUGAAGACUAUGACUCUUAGCGAAGCC